GACGCGAUAGAACAUGGGAAUCUUUACAAAACUAGAAUCUUUAUUUCUUAUUUGUCGAUAACGAAAUAAAACAAAAAACCAGAUACCGACAAUCCCACAACCCCCAUCAACAAAACGAUCGGUAGUCAAGAGACGCCAAGAGAAGGCUGGAAUGGGUGUAUUUGCACAAUUGAUGAAUUUUAGGUCUUGAAUUCAUCAGAUUUGCCAUACGGCAUACUUUUGCAUGGGAACUGUUCGCUUUUAUCGUGUGCAUUUCAAUAAAGAAGCCAGCACCUGAGAAAACUAUUGCUUCGGAAUGUUCUAGAAAAUGAGAAGAUGCCUCGCACGGAUCAUCUCAUCAAGACAGUUGUGGCAACCUGUGUGCCUGCCUUUCUCUUUGCUCUGCUGGCAGUUCAGGUUUACCACUACAAGUGGAUCUUGAUCCUGAGAAAUCAUUACCUGGUGGAAAGUAUCCCUCACAGCUCCUCGUGGGUGUGGGAUGCUCUCAGCAACGACAUACAACUUCCACCACACGAAAUUCCCCAGCAGGGAAGAGGAGACUCUUCGCAAGAUCCUCAGCUGGCUGUCGUUUCUGCCGAGAGCAACAGAACAAGCGAGCCCAAAGACAGAGCUGGAGUUCUGAUACCAGGGUUACCGUCGUUGGUUGUGCAUUAUAUCUGGUGUGUAGAUGGACAUUUUGAACUGUCCCAUUAUCUGUCAGUACGGAGUGUUUUGCAUCAACUUCAACCUGAUGGCAUCAUUUUUCAUUAUCGCACUCUGCCUCGCUCUGACCCGAAAGGCUACUGGAGAUGGCUAGAAGACUUACAAAGGGAUGUGAUAAUGCUUUCUCUUCAGCCUCUCAAAGAUCCGACAGUCUGUCGUAACACUUUGUCAUCUGGAGUCAGCACUGACUCGGAAGACUUCCCUGACCCUCACGGCAUCUUCAUCCUCGGAAAUGUUGCAAUAUAUAAUUUAACAAGAUCUUCUUUGGUGAAAAGGAUAAAAGAAUCGUAUUCCGUGAACUCAUCUCUCAGUAAAGUAGAUUCUACACCUGUUAAAUCACUGAAUAAAGCUCAAAUUUUCCUUGUUGGGGGCUCAGAACCAUACCAUAUCAGUCGAGGUCCCGGUCAUGUGGUCAUUGCAUGCCAGCCAAUGGCGGAGUUUAAUAUUGGUCCUUCAUCACAAAAGACACAGUGCAUUGAUAUGAAUACUUAUAUCACCCCUGAAAAUAUUUAUGGGAGGGACUCCAGGUUUUAUAGGUUUUCUAGAAAUUUAUUGUACCAUUCGCCAGAACCGGUUCAAGUGAGUUUAUCCUCUACGGAAGAGAUUCCUAAUUCAGUACAUAUAAUUCUUCGUGAUGGUGAAGAAAUAACACCAGUAAUUUAUGCCAGCAUCAAAAGUGCGUACGUCAAAGGAAAAGUGGAACAAGUUUUUCUCCAUGGCCCACAGUUCCCUACCGGAGAUCUUUGGCGCAAACUACUCUCAACAGAUGAGCUAAACCCCCAGUUUGUGCCUACUGCUGCAUUUGAUAAAUAUUCGGCUAAACAUGGCGCGAUUGUGUAUUCUCUGUACAAUCUGUUGCUUCACGGUGGAGUGUCUCAUUUCGGAGACAUGAUCUUCAUAAAGCCUCUCCCACCAUCAUCCCUCAAGGCUCCUGUGGUCGCCACUCGGCAUUUCAGUCAGUACAGGAUGAAACACCGAUCGCUGAACACAGCCAUCAUGGCCGCGGCAAAAGGGGCAGAGUUCGUAGAGUCUCUCCUGGCCAUGGUGAAGCAAGCUGGCGUCUCCUGGCCUGACACCACCAUCGACGACAUCGCCACUCAUCUGGAAGAAAGUCACCCCUCACAGGUACUCCUAGAUGGAAGUCUCACUUCUCACCAAAACUGUGCCUCCCAAGUCUGUCGGGUGGCGGGGGGCCAUGCGUACCCGCAGGAAACGUAUACCACUCGGCUCAUGUGGUCAGGCACACCACCGAAAACCCUGGGGGAGUUGAAAGAAUGUGAAGGUCCUUCGAGAAAUGUGCUGGUUGAAGUCAUAGAUGCCAGAGGUCAUCACCCAUAAUCAUUUUACAAGCUGAUUUUUUUUAUUUUGGUAUGUCUCUUACAAUGUGGGUGAAAUAGGGGCAUUAUUUAUGGUGGGGGGGUUCAAUUCUGGUGAAUUGUGAAGUUAAAAACAGUGAUAUUAUGUAUGCUUUUUUUUGUAUGGACUGAACUGUUUGUUUAUAAAGAAUUAAUUUCACUUGUCAUCUAGAGAUCAAAACAUAUUUGUUUUUCUGUUUUAGACCCAGGAUCACGUACAUGUUUUUACUCGAAGUUAUCUAAAUGCCACAAGUAGGCACUGCUGUUAAUGGCUGAGGUACCAAUCCUGACCAAUAAUUUCCCUUACCGACAAAUAUAUUCAUUCCGUUCUGGGACAUAUCCCAAUGCUGCUUCUCCUCAUCCCCCCGAGAUCAUUGUGCACUGGGAAAUGGCAAAAGAUUGUCGUGUGUAGGUACACCCAGAUAGCCUUCAGCAGCAAAAGAAAUGAAAAUAAUGUUUCUAACUUGUUUACUUUUUCAUUUCAGAAGUGAUAGUGAUAGUCAGAUAUUGACCGUGAAUUUUUCUGAUGCAACGUUACACCAUCUUGUACAAUAUGAAGAAUGUCGAAAAAACGUUUACUUCUGUUUCUCAUUUUAUUUUAUUUUCAGGACUUAUUUGCUCUGAACUAGUAUUCCCAUUUUCGUUUUCUGAUUUUUACUCAUCAAUGCAUUCCAAAUUUUUAACAUAUAUAAUUGUAAAAAAAUUUCAACCAGCAAGUGUACUUUGUUUUUAUUUUCCAGACAUGUACAUACUGUUUGUUGGUGUGGGCCUUGUGAUUUGUGAAGUUAUUUGAUGACUAUACACAAAAGCUGCUGAAAUUCACAGAUGAUUUACAGUGUUUUCAUAUACUCUUGAGUUUUUGUGUGUGAGUGAGAGCUAUAUCCUAUAUAUUUAAAUUGUCACAGUGGGUAAUUAUAAUCAUUCCAGAUCUGAGAGAAUAUAUAUCUAUAUUAUAUACUUUACAAGGGGAUAGCCCCUGACUUUUAAACUCAUGUUGCUGUCAGUGCAAAACAGUAAUUUUUUUUUUCUUUCAUAUUUCUUUGCUUUGCUCAAGAUUAUAGUGUAUUUAAACUUCUGGUGUUCCCAAGUGCUCGUAUUUUCUGUUUUCAUGUUUCCGUUUCUUCAUUUUUUUUUCCUUAUUUUUUUAAAAUAUGCACACUUACUUGCCCAAAAGCUGAAUGUCCAUUCUUAAGUUUCAUCCAUUUUUACCAGUUCUUGUUUUGUCUUUUUCUGGCCUAUAGACAACACACAAAUUAAAAUACAUUUAACUCAAAAGAAA